CGCGUUAAGGGGCGUAUUCUCAUAGACUUGCCGGAAACUCUUUGAGCUUAACCCUGACAGAGCAGUUUCAUUCCUUUCAGUGAACCAUCAUGACUGGCAGAGGAAGACCACGUAAGGCAGCUAGUCCAGACACUAAGGGUGCCAAAUGUAAAACUAAACUAGCGGAAAUGAAUCAAGCAACUUUGCCCGGAUGUCAGGGGAAGGAAGUCAAAAAGGGGGAGCAAAAUGGCACCACAAAGGAACAGAAACCAGGGGCACAGAAAAAGAAAAGCCACACUGAGGAGAAGCUGUCGAUUCAAAAGAUUCAAAAAGACAAGCCCACCGAGGAGAUAAAGCAACAAAGGACACCUACAGAAGCCACAAAGGCUCCUAUGCAAGGCAGGAAAGCCAAAACCUGUGCUGAUAAGGCCAAAACGACAAACCAAACUGCUGAGGAGAUAACAAAGACAAAGCCAAAGACACCAAAGGACACUACAAAGGAUUCUCCAAAGGCUCUAAAAGCAGCAAAAUGUGGUGGGAAGGCCAAAUCUCCAGAACAACUUUCAGAGGAGACGACAAAGGUGCAGCCAGAUGCACCAAAAGACACCACGAAGGUUUCUAUAAAAACUACUAUGGCAAAAACCUGUGCUGGCAAAGCUAAAGCAACAGAAAAAAUCCCAGGGGAGACCACGAGGACGCAGCCAAGGGCACUUAAGGACACCAAGAAGGCAGACAGGCAUGAAGACAAAGCUGCAGUGGACUUGAUCCUCCACACAACUCUGGAAGAUUUGAAGAUUAAAAGGAUCGACAGAUCAGAUGCAUCACAAGUCAUCAAUGAAAUAGUAAAAAAUAUUAUUAGGCAUUUGAAAGAGAAAACUCAGUGCUUUAAAGAAGUAAACGAGCCACUAAAUACUGGGAGUUACUAUGAAAAUCUAAAGAUUUCCAAUCCUGAUGAAUUUGAUGUCAUGCUGGCCAUGCCUGUUGACCGAGUGAACAUUAAUCCAUUUCGACAAGAUGGAGCCUUCUACAGUGUGCAGUUAAAACGUGGCAAGAACCCUCUGAAAGUCUUUGAAGAGAAUGACAUUUUAUCCGCCAGUGAAAUGCUCAAGGAGUUCAGAAAAGAGGUGAAGACGUGUGUCAAGCAAUUUAAAGACUGGGAGGUGACAAAAAAGAAAAAAGGCUGCCCUGCAGUGACGCUGACCACGAAAGUAAAAUCUAUCACCAUUUCACUGGAUGUUGUUCUCAGUAUCGUGGUUAAAUCAAGCUGGCCACCUUUCACCAAAGAUGGCAUUAAAAUAGAUCACUGGCUGGGAGCGAAAGUGAAGCAGGAAUACAAGCGAAUGCCAUAUUAUCUUGUCCCUAAAUAUGAAGGCAGUGGCACAGUGGAAGAUGACGGGGUCCUCGCCAAGGAUGUUUGGCGGAUUUCAUUCUCUCAUGUUGAGAAGGCAAUACUCAAGAAUCAUGGAUCGGAGAAGACAUGCUGUGAGAAAGCCGGAGAGCGCUGCUGCAGGAAGGAAUGUUUGAAGCUCCUAAAGCACCUUCUUAGUCUGCUGAAGGAAAAGGACUCUUCAUUUGACAAGUUCUGCUCCUACCACGCUAAGACCACGCUCUUACAUGCCUGCUGCUCUAGAACUAAAGACAGUGACUGGAAGACUUCAGAUCUGCGGCACUGUUUUGAGCUACUCCUGAAGGACUUUGAAGCCCAUUUGGAAAAAGGUGCACUCCACAACUUCUUCAUCCCAACUCAGAACCUGCUCUCCAAUCUAAACCAGAACAAGUGCAGAAGUCUGGCUCAUUGUCUCAAAGAGCAACGUGAAAAUGGCUUUCCUAUUUUUCAAUAGGACAACUUCACACCAAACAUGAAGUGUUUGGCUUAUAGAUAUUCCAGCCCCAUAGAAAAAAAACAAACAAACUGCCAGAAAACUCAGGGUAAUUUAAUGUAUUCAAAGAGGCAUUUAUGUAACACAGUUUAUUUGUACCAAUUUAAUUGUUUACCAAAUUUAUUUUUGAUCUAAAACUGUUCUUUAAUAAAAUAUUUCACAUUUUAACCUAUGUUAUUUACCUUGUUACAUUA